AUGGAGGGAAUUCAGACGCACCCCUCAAACGCCGCGCAGGCCAAGGCGUUCACGGCCGCCGGCUCGUUGUCGUUCCCAGGGGCGACCAACGAGCUGACGCCGCCUGGAGGCAACGGGGACAUGUCCCAGAAACCUGCUCCCAACGGUCAGCAGGCGGCAAACGGAAAUGGGGUGACACCCGCGACUCCCGCAGCUACGCCUGCUGCCAACCAGGGCCCUAGUGGCAUUACUCCUACUUUGCAGAACAUCGUGGCUACGGUCAAUCUGGAUUGCCGCCUGGACCUCAAGACGAUCGCCCUGCACGCAAGGAAUGCCGAGUACAACCCAAAGCGUUUCGCUGCCGUCAUCAUGCGUAUUCGUGAGCCCAAGACGACUGCCCUGAUCUUCGCGUCGGGCAAGAUGGUUGUGACUGGUGCCAAGUCCGAGGAUGAUUCGAAGCUCGCCUCGCGCAAGUACGCUCGUAUCAUUCAGAAGCUCGGCUUCAACGCCAAGUUUACCGAUUUCAAGAUCCAGAACAUCGUCGGCUCCUGCGACAUCAAGUUCCCCAUCCGUCUCGAGGGUCUGGCAUCUCGCCACCACAACUUCAGUUCUUACGAACCUGAGCUGUUCCCCGGUCUUAUCUACCGCAUGAUCAAGCCCAAGAUUGUGCUUCUAAUCUUCGUCAGUGGCAAGAUCGUCCUGACAGGCGCCAAGGUUCGCGAAGAAAUCUACCAGGCUUUCGAAAUGAUUUACCCCGUGCUUCAAGGUAUGUUCCGCCACUCCGUAAAUCCUUUCUUCCACGGUUUGCUGACAAUGGUUCCUUUCAGACUUCCGAAAGGUCUAGAUGCACUGGGUAUGGCCUGGGACGCAUUCUGA